UGUGUCUGAAUCCUUCGUGUCUGAGCCAUGUUCACCUUACUUGUACUUUCGCCUACUACGGAGGAUCCAGCUUACUAGAAGACGGAGUACGGAGUUCGGAAGCCACGUUCGCUCAGCCCUUUAAAUCUAUGCACACUAGCGCAUAGCGAACCCUUCUCGCUACAUGCGAGCGUUCCCAGCAACAUGUUGCGGUACCGCAGAUACCGCGUCUUCGUCGCCUUUGCCGUUAUUGCACUAUUUGCCUUGUAUCGCUUUGGAGCCCCGAGUGCAUCAUGGCAAGAUACGGCAUCCUCGCAACCCCAGCCAAUUUCGAAUUGGUGGCCGCGGCCUCAAUUGCCGCACGAGACGAAGAAGCUAGACCUUGAGAUUCCCAUAGCCAAAGUAUCGCAAACUCUGAGGCGACCACCGCCCGUCGUGCCAGCCAGUAGUCCUAUAGACAGGCUCCCGAUCGAACAGGCGAGUCCAGACGAGGCUGCGGAGCGACCGACAAUCACGUCCGCCCCCACGAGUUCCGAGCCCAUCCGUUGGAAGAAACAGACCGAACACUUCCCCGUCCCUUCGACCGCGCUAAUCCAGCUACCGACUGGUAAACCGAUUGCGAUUCCGAGGAUACAACAUGCAUUCAAGCCAGAGUCCGCGGCGGAGAAGGCUGAUAGGGAGGAAAAGCUCGAGGUGAUUAGGAAUGUGUUCAAGCGCUCCUGGGAUGGGUAUCGCGAGUAUGCUUGGCUGCAGGACGAGCUCUCACCGACAUCUGGACGGUUCAGGAAUCCCUUCGCUGGAUGGGGCGCCACAUUGGUGGAUGCACUGGACACGCUCUGGAUCAUGGGCUUGAGGGAGGAGUUCGACGAGGCUGCGAAAGCAGUGGACAAGAUUGAUUUCACGACUACUCCGCGUAAUGAUAUACCUCUGUUCGAGACGACAAUUAGGUACCUGGGAGGCUUGUUGGCGGCAUAUGACAUCAGUGGAGGUCAAUAUAAGAAUCUGCUGCACAAAGCCGUUGAGCUUGCGGAGGUUUUAAUGAGCGCUUUUGAUACCCCAAACAGGAUGCCAGAGACGUACUAUCAUUGGAAGCCAAACUAUCCCUCAGCACCCCGUCGUGCAGGUACCUCUGCUGUUCUUGCUGAGAUUGGCUCGCUUUCUCUGGAGUUCACCCGUCUCUCCCAGCUCACGGGCGACCAAAAGUACUACGAUGCCGUCGCCCGCAUUACGGACAACUUGGAAGAGUUCCAGAAUAAGACGAGAUUGCCGGGAAUGUGGCCAGUACUUGUCGAUAUUUCCGGAUGCAAGCUCGUUGACCAUUCGGCGCCACAACCCGUCGUUGAAACAUCCAGUGUAAUUCAGGAGCCGGAGAGCUCAACAGCGGCGGAGGCACAGUCGACAGCCACCUUGGAGGUCCUUCUAUCUCCGAAUGGGAAGGAGUACAAGCCAUUGGAUUUGCCAGAUCCCGUUGUGCUUGUUGCAGGGACAUCACCCUCUGAACCAGCUCAGCCCCCAAAGGCAUUGCGCAGACGGCAACUUGGUAACGUCCAGGCCAUAUAUGAGGAAGACGGCCCUGCCCCAACUCCAAUAGGACCUCAUUGCGAAGAUCAACCGUUCCUAUCUGCAGCGGGAUCCGGCGACGAGGAAUACACCUUGGGCGGCAUGUCAGAUUCAACUUACGAGUACCUCCCGAAGGAGUGGCUUCUUCUCGGCGGUUUAGUCGACAAGUACCGCGCCAUGUACGAGAGUUCCGCGGACGUCAUCAGGAAGAAUCUGAUAUUCAGACCAAUGGUUCCUGACGAGGCGGAUGUCCUCUUCUCCGGCAAGUUGCAUGUCCCACCUCCCGGAGAGAACAAACCCCGACUGGAAGCGGAAUAUGCGCAUCUCACGUGUUUUGCUGGUGGCAUGUUCGGCAUGGGAGCUAAAGUCUACGACCGUCCCGAGGAUCUCGAGAUCGCUAAGAAGCUCACGGAAGGAUGUGUUUGGUCAUACGAUAUGACGGCCACGGGUAUCAUGCCGGAAGCUUUCAUUUCCACGCCCUGUCAAGAUAUCCACGAUUGCAAAUGGAACGAGACGAGGUAUUGGAACGAGAUUGAUCCCAAUGCGCAGGAGCGAAUUGAUUCUUAUAAGCUGGCAAUGGAAAGAUAUGAGAAGGAAAUGAUCUCGGCAUCAGCAUGGUAUGCAUCUCAGCUCGCUGCUAUGACUGCAACUCCUACUCCGAGUGCCUCAAACGCAGUCGUAGAAGUUGCAGCAACGGCCACAUCCGGUGUGACUGGUGCGGAUGCGAGCCAGAAUCCCGCGGCGCGGAAACGUCAGCUGGACGUCGAACCUCACUCCAACAGCAGACCCAAUACUGUUCCAAGCUUCCAAGGCUCCCUCGACCGCAAAGUCAUUAUCGAAGACGGCGACCCCAUCCUGCUCGGACAACAAGAUGAAGCACUCCAACCAGCAACCCCGGUCCAGUCUUCUUCAGACGAACCUCAACCAGAAUUCGAUGCCGAAACUUCAACUCCCACGAUGCCAGAGUUCCCCUAUGUCUACUCUCCCCUGCCGCCCACAAGUCAUGAAGACUUGGUCAAAAACCGCAUCGAGCAGGACCGCCUCCCCAAAGGUGUUGUCGCCUUCCCCGCAAGGAACUACAUCCUCCGGCCCGAAGCCAUAGAAUCCGUCUGGUACAUGUACCGCAUAACCGGCUCGCCGCACUGGCGUGAGGCGGGCUGGCGCAUGUUUCUGGCCAUCGAGUCCGCCACGGCGACCACCUUCGGCAACAGCGCCAUCGACGAUGUGACGAAGAAGGAUCCCGUGUUGCGCGAUGAGAUGGAAAGUUUUUGGUUGGCGGAGACGUUGAAGUACUUCUAUUUGUUGUUCAGCGAGGAGAGCGUGGUGAGUCUGGAUGAGUGGGUGCUGAAUACGGAGGCGCAUCCGUUCAAGAGGCCGAAGUAAUGGGGAGCGAGGCAUCAAGAGUGGUCAGCAUUUCGAGUUUUUCCCUUAAGACCUUUCUCCUUUGCGUAUUGCCACGAAGGAGCCAGGUAAAGCAUGCAUGGCGUUCACGGCGUUUAGAAGAUCGGCAUUGUCGUUUUGAGUGCAUAUCGGACCAUAUAGUUUAAAUUUGCAACAUGCAUUCCCCCC